UAAGGCGGUGAUGUUGGCGCGUUCAUCCCCUAAACGGUAGACAGUUCCUGAGCCACAGAGCGAGCGAGCGAGAGAGAGUGGCGAGAAAAUGCUCGCCCACAACUUGGUCGCCCCGGCGUCGUCCUCCGCUCCUCCUUCCCCGUUCGCGUUCGAUCGCCGCCGCCGCCGCCAGCCUCCGAACCACCCUCUCUUCCCCGACGCCUCCCCUUCUGGACUCGCCGGAGUUUUUGCAGCAAGCCGAAGGUUUAAAGUUUUUCCGCUCAAGGCAAGCUUUUGGGAAACCAUAAGAUCAGGUUUAUUGAAGGACAGUGCGACGCAAAUUGUUGAUCCACCAACCAUUCCUGAAGAGGAGGAAGAGAUCUUACCCCAGGAGUUUUUACUAUUUGAGAAGACUCUACCAGAUGGCUCACUUGAACAAAUAAUAUUCUCAUCUGGUGGUGAUGUUGAUGUGUAUGAUCUUCAAGCACUAUGUGAUAAGGUGGGAUGGCCUCGGAGGCCGUUGUCCAAACUGGCUGCAGCUUUGAAAAAUAGCUACAUUGUGGCCACAUUGCAUUCUGUAAGGAAUUCCCCUGGCUCAGUCUUAUUGUACCUGCAAAAGUUACCUACAGAUGAGAGUGCCCAAACGAAGCUCAUUGGGAUGGCACGUGCUACAUCUGAUCAUGCCUUUAAUGCCACCAUUUGGGAUGUCCUUGUUGAUCCUUCCUAUCAGGGUCAAGGCCUUGGGAAGACUCUUGUGGAAAAUCUUAUCAGGACUCUUCUGCAGAGGGACAUUGGCAAUAUAUCGCUCUUUGCCGAUAGUAAAGUUGUAGAGUUUUACCGGAACUUGGGUUUUGAAGCUGACCCAGAGGGAAUCAAAGGAAUGUUUUGGUACCCGAAGUAUUAGCGGCCGGUUCUUUACCACAAGCAUGAUUUUGCCGCUGCAGAGCCAUGGGAAAAGCCCUCGACAUUGAUGAUGGAAGACCAGUAAGAUGAAGCUGUGGCAUGUUUUUUACUCAAGAAAUGUACAUUGUAAAGGUCGAUCCUGUAAGACCGAGUCCAAAAAUGAUUCUUUGCUGGGUCUUGUCUCUCAAUUGUAGCAAUUAAGCGCGAUCCAGAAUUUUUCAAAGUCAAGACGAUAGCGGUGUUAUUCUUCUUUAGAAUAGCAAUUUGUUUAGUAGGGACGGGGGGUGGUUUUCAAGAUUCUUGUGGGCAAAAAGUUCAGAUGCUCGGCCGCUGAUUUCACUCUCACGAGCCUUCAUUAUAACGCAUGAACUGGUCUCGCAACUAUUGUUGGUCAAAAUAGCUGUACUUCUUUGUA